UGGAGGGAUGUAAAAGACUGAUAGAUGAGGUGCUCAGGGAUCUGGUUUAGUAGUGGACAUGUACAGUGGACUCAAUUCUGGAGGUCUUUUCCAAACAAAUGAUUCUAUGAUUCUUUUUAUUUUAAUAGGUUCAACAUUCUUUUACAAAUUCUUGAUAUUCAGGCAGUGCUGAGGAAGAUUUUGGUUGUUUCUCCUCUUCCCUCCUCGUAGUCUAGACUCCUUGCCUAGCUGACAGCUCCCCUAAUUCGCUGUUGUCUUGCCUGGCUUGGACAGGUGCUAAUUAAAUCUGUGGUUUAUUGGUUAUACAGCUCUCCUGCUAUUCCUGCUCUGGAAGCAGCAGGAGAGGCUGAAGAGCAAAGCAGGACGGUAGAAAACAGUCUAUUUUUAGGACGAGAUUGACUUAUCUUGUAUUUAUCAUAGCUAGGGGAUAAUGUUUCCAGACCUCACAUGAGUAACGGCUGCGUAAGAGCCGGGUUAAUUUUAACCGCCUGCCAGUCAGCAAGCAUGGAGCCCACACAAGAACCAGAGGAGCCGAGAUCCCAGACAGAAAUGACUGCAGACACAGUUCUUGAGGUUGGAGAGAGACUCUUUCAGGUCAGCCGUAGGGUACUCUCAGUCCACAGUCGUUACUUUGAAGCGAUGUUUUUUGGGGGGGCACGAGAGAGCACUGAGCGCCACAUAGUGAUCAGGGGGAUCGAUGCAGUGCCUUUUCAAGCGCUGCUCGAGUUCACUCGCACAGCCCAGGUGCAAAUAGGCCAAGAAAACGUGACCAGCUUACUGGAAACAGCUGAUUAUUUUCAGUUUGACAGGGUCAAACUGUUGUGUGAGAAGUUUCUGGAGAGAGAGCUGCAUGUUUCCAACUGCCUGGGCUUGAUGACCUAUUCGCAGCAAUUUGCCUUUGUAGAGCUGCACGCGUCUGCUAUGAACGUGGCUCUCACUCACUGGGGGGAUGUGAUGUGCCAGGAAGAAUUUAAGGUGCUCCCCAAAGAAAUGCUGCUGCAGUUCCUAAAAAGCGAUGAGCUCUUUGUUUCACGAGAAGAUGUUGUUUUCGACAGCAUUAUGAGGUGGAUAAUGGAGGACCCAGCAAUGAGAGAGGAAGACUUUCUGGAUUUGGUGGGUGAAGUCAGGGUCACUUUCCUGAGUUUGUCCUUCCUUGACAUCCUGGUGAAGCGCAGCAAGCGCCUUGGAGAGACAGAUACCUUUUCCAGGCUCGUAAAGAAGUUAGACAGCUGUCCUCCACCCAGCUGGCAAAAUACGGAACUGUGUCCUUACGCUGGUCGGAGCUACGACACCUUAUAUGUCCUGGGAGGAAAGCAUGACAAGGAACAGCAAGAACUGUUUGUCUUUCAACCUAAAACAGGGACCUGGCAGGCUCGUGCUCCACUGCAGCGCAGGAACCUCACCCAGUACGCAGUGGCAGCAGUAGGAAGCUUCCUUUUUGUGACAGGCGGCUAUUUCCGGGAUGAGUUUGUCUGGUAUAGCGUGGAUUGGGUGCUUAUCUACAAUUGCUUGGACAACAGCUGGCUGGAGGGACCGGCCAUGAAGAAGUCCCGCAACAGCCACUGUGCAGUAGGAGCAGGGCUCUACCUGUAUGUGCUCGGAGGGAGCACGGACGAAGGGAUAAUCCCAGCGGUGGAGCGCAUGGCUUUGAUGGAGUCCGAGUGGGAAAGCAUGAGUCCUAUGGCUCAGCCUGUGGAGAGAGGAGACGCGGUCAGCGUGGGAACCAGGAUCUAUGUGGUCUGUGGCCUGGAUGAAAAUGGACACGUUUACAAUGGAGUGCAAAGGCUGAACACAGAGACGGACAGCUGGGAUGUCGUCUCGUUCUCCCCACUUCCAAGGUACGACCUCUGCAUCACAGCCCUGAAUGGUGCUCUCUACACCAUAGGAGGGGGAGCGUUUCGAUUCGAUGUGGAGACCGAUGAGUGGACCCAGGUGGAUGAGGAAUGCUUGACCCAGAAGUUCUUCAUGGGCUGCAGCACUGUGAAUGGACGGAUUUAUCUCCUUGGCCAGAGGAAGGGGAACAGUGCCCUCCCCGUUGUGAUCCUCUUUGAUCCCUACAUUGAUAUGUGCCAGGUCAUCGAUAACAAACUCCCUUGCCCCCUUCCUAUUCAUGGCUGUGUCUCUGUGCGCAGAUUCGAUACGUGGGCAUGAGCAAAGCCAGAUCCAGCAUCACCAAAAAGAAAAAGCCGCGUGCUUUGGGGCUGAUGGGAGUUAGGUUGUGUCAAGUUUGGUCUGCUAAUUGUUUUAAACUUUGAAAAUAGACCUAUUCCUCCAUAACUCUGGCUUUUUUUUCUACUUGGUGAAUGAACUUCAAACAGAAGCCAGUGAAACCUUCAGGUCUACACCAAGUUUGCAGGUCAUUAUUGGAAACAGUGGUUGGGUUGUUACGGUACAUUACCUCCUCAGGGCUGAUGGUAAAUAAAGGGCUGCUCUGCCCUGUAACCUCUGCGGCUUCUGUCCUUCGACCAGCUGGGAGAGUCAGGAAAGUCACUGCAUCAGUGCUAGAAAAUAUUGUGGGGUUAAAAUAAUAAAUCCGCUGUGUGCCAAGGGACUCUUGAGCAGGAUGCGUGAGCUCUUGAUGCUGUAGGACAGCAAAAAACCCCAACCCACCACUGCAGUCAAGCCAUUUUAGCCUGGAACAAGCAAGUUUCCCAAGUUAUGUAAUUAUGGCUAAAAUUACCUUUAUUCCAGGCUGGAGAGCACCAGAAGGGAGGCCAUUCUGGAUUUAUGCAUUCAGGUAUGUGACACUAAGCAUGUCACACGCGUGUGCUGUUAAUGCAGCCGGGUAUCCACAGCCGUGCUCCAUCAGCAUUAAACAGGAUGCAGCAUGCCUACCGCAACGCUUCUACCUGUCUCCUCUUGUUACGUGCGUGGUUGUAGAUCACCUAUGGAAAGGUUUAGAAAUCACAGCCCGUGGGAGGCACGGGAACGCCAGGGGUUAUCGGUUUCCUCAGAAACCCUGCAGCGUGGAGCACUGAGCAAGCUGCCGCGAGGAGAAUAGCUUUAAAGAGCAUAAUAGCAGGGCUCAAGCAUUGAAUAAUUUAUUGUUCACGUGGGGAGGGAGAGUAGAUCUCUUGAUUGAUGGAGGUAUUUGUAUCCAUUUAGAGUUGAACAUAAGCUGAGAGCCAAAGAUAACCUGAUUUUUUUUGAUGGAGACACUUAGUGGCUUUUCUCUCUCCAUUCUGACUCCAUGUGUUACAGAGGUUUCAGCAGAAAGAUCUCGUUGAGACAGCAAAUAGCUUGAGGAAGAGGAAAACUAUGAAGAUUUCAGUGCUUUCUGUAAGAAAGUUAAGGAAGGGAUUUUUACAAGGGCCUGUGGUGAUGGGACAAGAGGGGAAUGACUUUAAAUUGGAAGGGGGAUAAUUUAGAUUAGACAUUAGGAAGAAGUUCUUCACAAUGAGGGUGGGGAGGCCCUGGCCCAGGCUGCCCAGAGCAGUGGUGGCUGCCCCAUCCCUGGAGGGGUUCCAGGCCAGGUUGGAUGGGGCUUGGAGCCCCUGAUCCAGUGGGAGGUGUCCCUGCCCAUGGCAGGGGUUGGAACUGGAUGGGCUUUGAGGUCUCUUCCAACCCAAACCAUUCCAUGAUUCUGUGGUGAAAUUUUGCCAGAUGUACACAAUGGGAUUAAAUGUAUUUGCCAUAAAAUUCUAAAUAUACCUUUUUUUUUCCCACUUCUGCUACAAUUUUGACUGAUAAUUAUCAACUCCUGACAGCAAACUUGAAGAUAAAAGAAGUUUUAGCUUGUGAUGAUAAGGAAACAAGCACAUAGUUCACUCAGUAACGUCAGGAAAAACAUCCAGUUCUUUGAGACUCUGCACAUUCACGGGCUAAAACCCAUGAUUUUCAACAUGCUCUAUUUUAUGUAUGAAUUGCAAAUAAAGCUCCAUGAGCAGCCGACCUCCAGCAGCAGAACCCCUACUUGCUGAGUAGGGAAGAACUUGGGUGAUGCAACCACCCGUAACUUUUCUAAUGAAUUGAGUGCGGAGGCUCCUGUCAGGUGUGCUUAAUUCUUGGAAAAGCCACAGAGCACCCAGGCUUGUGCAAUGCUGCAACAAAACCAACCGGUUGUUUGCGUGCCAGGGAACAAAUCUGACUUUUUGGACAACAGUCCCACAACGAGCUCCAAGAGCCAUGGUCAUCCCCUCCUCCUGCCUCCGUGCUGAGAGCAGGGGCUCACACAGCACCUCUGGGAGCAUCCUCCGAAGUCAGGCUGGGGGCUUCCAACGAAGCUGAUGACCCAGCGAAUCUCCUGUCUGUGUUGCAAGCUCCCACCUGGACUCUCACCAGAGAUCCCUCCACCCACAGCCGAGGUGUAACCGAGUGACGAACUGGUCUUUUCAUACCUGCUGGUACAGGUUGAGUUACAGGUACAGGCGAGAGGAAGGGCAGGGCAAAGAGCUGUCACACGAACACCGUAUGCCUAAAAAAAGCAGAGAUGCAGUGUUCCUGGGGACAAUCCCCUGUCCAGUCUGGAGCAGGUAAGGAUCAUGGAGGCACUGGUGGCAACCAGCACAGCAGAAACCAGAUUUGCUGCACUGACCUUCCGAAGAUGCAUGGGACGAUGAUCAGCAGGGCACCG